AAGAAAGAAGGCAAAAAAAAAAAAAUAGAAGCGCAAAAAUGGCUGCCUCCAUGUCCGCCUCAACUCUCGUUUAACGUUUGUCGUAAUCUUCUCCUCACUUUCUCCACAGUUUUGUCCGUGUUUGCUCAUAGUAGGAGAAGCUCCGACUACCGGGCGAGGGUUCGGCUUUCAGAGCCCCAUGCUAGGAGGCGGCGGGGUGGCUCGGGUCACGCUGGCUGUCCUCCGCCUCCUUCGGCCCGGCGAUAGCGGCGGCUUGGGCGGGGUGUCUGCGGGGCGGACCCUGUGGCCGACACCACCAAGGUGUCCGCCGCGCAGGCGUCUGUGCUCGUCCGGACCCCCGUGGAGGCUGCUGUUCUUAGGCUCGGAUCACUUCGCCGUGGAGUCCCUCAAGGUCCUCGCGGCAGAAAGGAGUCGCGCGGGAAGCGCAGUGUCGUCGUUGGAGGUGGCGACGCUGAGCGCCGACGUUCCGGUGGCAGACUUUGCCCGGCGCCAGCGUCUGGCGCUGCACGCCUGGCCGCCGGCAGAUGUGGACGGACGCUUUGACGUGGGCGUGGUGGUGUCCUUCGGGUGUUUGCUCCACCAAACAUUCAUUGACAAGUUUGCGUGUGGCAUCCUAAAUGUCCAUCCCAGCCUUCUGCCACGGUGGCGCGGUCCGGCACCAAUCUUCCACACCAUUCUCAACGGAGACGCCGUGACGGGCGUGACCAUCAUGCAGAUACGUGCUCGCAGAUUCGACGAGGGUCCCAUCCUGAACCAGGCUCUCCACACGGUCCCCGAGACCAGCACGGCCGAGCGGCUGGCCGACGUCCUCGCCGUCAAAGGAGCUCGGCUGCAGCUCCUGGACACGUUACGAGACUUGCCUCGGCGGAUGGCCGACAAGCGGGAGCAGAGCCCAACCGGCGCCACCUUCGCCCCGAAGAUCGGCGUCUCCAUGAGUUGGAUGGUGUGGGAGGAGCACACGUGCCAAGACAUCGACCGCCUCUACCGAGCCAUCGGAUGGCGGAUCCCUCUGAGGACCACGUGGAUGGGUCGCACCGUCAAGCUUGUGGACUUUGCCGGGAGGUGCCACAUCUCCUUUGCAGGCCGGUCUCGCCGCGCCGUCUUUGUGCGGCUUCCCCUCCCCUCCCGUCCAGACGGCGCUCAUUGGGCCUUUUCUUCUCACUCAGACGGAAGCGAGGAGCGGACGCCGGGGCGGGUCAGCUUUCACAAGGAGUCCGACACGCUGGCCGUGCGCUGCAAGGAUGGCUGGGUGGCCUUCAAGGCGGUGAUCCUGAACAAGCGUCUGACAGCGGCCGACUUUUACAACGGUUACUUGCACCAGACGCUGAGGCGGCCUGGCGGGGGCACGGGCCGAGACUCUGCCGCCGCCGCCUUCGUCAGCCCUCCGUCGACCAGACCGCCUGACGUCGGCAAACGUCUGCAUCGCGAUUGACGACGGGAAGAGUCGCUUUUCGGGUGACGAGGCUCCACUGUCCUGGCGGUGCUGGUAUGAAGUUCUCGCCUUCUGAAGGGUACAGUCCCAGUCAUUUUGGAGUGGGGUGCUGCUAGCCGCCGCCAGGGGGCGCCGCCGCUAGGGGGCCCCGCCGCUAGGGGGCGCCGCCGCCUGAUGUCUUUUGCACAUAAAAAAAGUUCAAAGUCCCAA